GGUCUUGAAAGAAAACAAAACUACAUACUAUACCGGGACCAUGUAGGGCGAUCCAUGACAUGCAGCUCUUGCCAGCGACGGUUACCGAAUCCCCGGCCGGGGAGAUCCAACGACAGUCCGGAACAAGAGAAGACGCAUUUCGUGGCCCUGCUCAUUGCGUCAGUAUCGUCGCAGUUGAUCAGAUGGGCGAGAGACGCACCAGGGAUCUUUUGA